UAGUCCAACUACACUACUCUGUUUGAACUCCACUGCUGUCUGAACAACGGCUCUCUCUCUCUUCUAUUACACAACUUUCUAUACUACUUUCAAAGUAAAGUCUUCUCCUUUUCAAAAUACACACCACCCCACCCUCGUCUUUCUCACUUCGUGCUUGACAUUUCAUUAUUAUGGAUUUUCCAUUUGUAAGAACUUUAAUCAUCUUAAUUACUUCUACCCUAACCCCACCAUUUUCUUCAUUAUAGCUUUACUCUUUCAAGAUCUGUCUUGAUUGGUAAACUUGCUACUACUCCACUAUACACUUGAUACUUAGUCCCGAACUCAAGGACUAGUAGACUACUCUUCCAAAGUGAAAAACUAAGCUCAAAUCUGCAUUUUUAAUCAAGAAAUCAAAAUGGGUCUGCGGAUUUUGAUCUUUUUUGCUCUGUUUGCGACGACCAUUUUCAGCAAAAGCUCUCUUUCGCUCACCCCAGAUGGUUUUUCUUUAUUGGAAAUGAGAACCGUUUUGAAUGACACCAAAAAUGUUUUGAGCAAUUGGAAUUAUUCAGAUGAGUCACCUUGUGGGUGGACUGGCAUUUCUUGUCACCCCAAUGACCAAAGAGUUCAAUCUAUCAACUUACCUUAUAUGGAACUGGGAGGAAUUAUAGCUCCCAGCAUAGGAAAACUCACCAGACUGCAGAGAUUGGCACUUCACGAAAACAGUCUGCACGGUGUGAUUCCUAAUGAGAUUGGCAAUUGCUCUGAACUCAGAGCUAUAUACCUCAGGGCAAACUAUCUUCAAGGAGGCAUACCAUCAGACAUUGGAAAUCUUUCAAUGCUGACCAUAUUAGACUUAUCAAGCAAUUCACUUAGGGGUGCGAUACCUUCUUCUCUUGGUCGUCUCAGACACCUUCGUCAUCUCAACUUGUCAACCAAUUUCUUCUCGGGUGAGAUUCCUGAUGUUGGAGUUCUAAGCACUUUCGGAAACAAGUCGUUUAUUGGCAACUUAGAUCUCUGUGGCCAACAAGUCGCCAAGCCCUGCAGAACAUCAAUGGGAUUCCCUGUAGUAUUGCCUCAUGCUGAAAGUGAUGAGGCUGCAGUCCCUACUAAGCGAUCCUCUCACUAUGUUAGAGCAGCAGUUAUUGGUGCAAUAUCUACAUUGGGUUUCGUACUCAUUGUCCUCUUUAUUUUCCUCUGGGUUUGGUUGUUGUCUAAGAAGGAAAGGGCAGCGAAAAAAUACACAGAAGUCAAGAAACAAAUUUACAAAGAGCCAAGUGCCAAGCUUAUUACUUUCCACGGCGAUCUCCCUUAUCCUUCAUGUGAGCUAAUAGAGAAGAUUGAAUCCCUUGAUGAGGAAGAUGUUGUUGGGGCAGGAGGGUUCGGUACUGUGUAUCGUAUGGUUAUGAAUGAUUGUGGAACAUUUGCUGUUAAAAGGAUAGACCGGAGUCGUGAAGGCUCUGAUCAAGUCUUUGAGAGAGAGCUUGAAAUCUUGGGUAGCAUCAAACACAUUAAUCUAGUCAACCUUCGAGGUUACUGCCGGCUUCCUACUGCAAGGCUUCUCAUCUACGAUUACUUGGUCAUGGGAAGCUUGGACAAUUUCCUGCAUGAACGUGUGGAUGAUCGUUUGUUGAACUGGAAUGCACGUUUGAAAAUAGCUCUUGGUUCUGCUAGAGGGGUAGCCUACCUACACCAUGACUGCUCUCCUAAAAUAGUUCAUCGAGAUAUUAAAUCAAGCAAUAUACUCCUUGAUGAGAACCUAGAGCCUCGUGUUUCGGACUUUGGACUUGCCAAGCUUUUGGUUGAUGAGGAAGCUCACGUUACAACUGUGGUUGCUGGUACUUUUGGUUAUUUAGCACCAGAGUACUUGCAAAGUGGAAGAGCCACAGAGAAGUCUGAUGUGUAUAGCUUUGGAGUUCUCCUCUUAGAGCUUGUGACAGGGAAAAGGCCAACAGAUCCAUCUUUCGUGAAUCGAGGCCUAAAUGUGGUUGGCUGGAUGAAUACCUUGCUGAAGGAGAAUAGACUGGAAGACAUUCUAGAUAAGAGGUGCACAGAUGCAGACGUAGAGACGGUAGAAGCAAUUCUAGAAAUAGCUGCAAGAUGCACUGAUGCAAAUCCAGAUGAUAGACCUUCAAUGCAACAGGUGCUGCAAUAUUUGGAGCAAGAGGUCAUGUCACCAUGCCCCAGUGAUUUCUACGACGAGUCUCAUUCAGAUUAUUCGUGAUGUAUUGAAUAGUUUUAUGUGACCAAAAUAUUUAGAAAACACAUUGCAGGCUGAUGCUUAAAUGUGUAAUCUGCCAUUGCACAGACUGUAUGCUCCUCACUUUUGGAGCACUGUAGCCGUUCUUACUAAUGUUCCCUGUGCAUUACUUGC